AUGGAGCUGCAAUUGCAUGGAAAUCACGCAUGGAAUUUUUAUACAUUGUGGAACGAGGAAAGCUGGAGAUCCAGUGAGUCUCAAACAAAUUUUUGGUUUUUGAUGGUCUGUCUAAGACUCGCAAGUAGGUUAUGCAAUUCACAGCCAAAAUUUUCAACAGUGUGGAUGCACAUGGGAUUCUGAUGGAAUUUGAAUGCUGUGAUAUGGAGUGAUUUGCAGUGGUUAAGCGUUGGAGUAUUUAUUUGACUGACUCUCCUACCCCCUGUGAGCGAACAAAACCAUUAGAAAAAUCCCUAUUUUUUGCCCAAAAAACCCACCUCGUAAUCGAACAAAUUUUUUUUUGGAAAAAAAAAUAUAUAUAAGUGAUAACUAGUAUCAUGAAAUCUUUCCCUAAUUCUGUUUAAUUAUAAGCAAAUUGCAUUUAAAACAUAAAUUUUUACAAAUUAAAUUAAUAUUUGCUUUCCAAUUUUUGAGAGGUGGAAUUUUUUUAAAUUUUGAAAACAAAAUUUUAAAAAAAAAAAACCCUCUGUGAGCGAACAAGAUUUCUUUGUUCGCUCACGGAGGGAGGGAGUGAGAAAAAGAUAG